UCUGCCUACCUGUAUUUUUUUUUUCCGGGCGACUGAAAAACAAACUUUGGUCACGCCUACAAACACGAUCACCAGUUACACGACUUCCGGGUUAAGGGUAAAUAUUGUAACCAGGAGUAUGGUUCGAUGCAACACAGGCACCCUGUCACUCUCUAUGGACACUAGAUCUACAAUGAACAUCUUUUUUGUACUGUGUUUACUUGGAUUAGCGUCAAAUUGUACUGGCGACUGUAUAUGGUAUGGGCAAUGUGGUUUUAACACUGGGAUAGCUAAGGAUAAAAAACUCAACUGUAAGUAUGAUGGACCACCAAAGCCAUUUUCCACUCAAGAGGGACUUCAAAAGUUUAAAGACAACUGCCCUAGUCUUUAUACAGGGCCAAAUGUGAAGACCUGCUGCUCUGAUGACCAGAUGUUCACCCUAAAUGAACAGGUGGCAUUUCCACGUCAGGCUCUACAGAGAUGUCCAAGUUGUUAUCACAACUUUAUGAAUCUUUGGUGUUACCUGACUUGUGGACCAAAUCAGGCUGAGUUUAUGUCUGCCAAUACCACAAAGCCUUUUGUCACACCAGAGAACAAAACUGUGGAUGCAAUAGUCUCAGUGAAUUAUGUUGUUAGUCCUGACUCUGCAAACGGAAUGUUCAACUCUUGCAGUAAUGUGCAGAUGCCAAGUUCAAAUGAGCCAGCACUUUCUCUUCUGUGUGGUGAAGAUGCUACAACAUGUACACCUCAGAGAUGGUUAAACUACAUGGGGACUAUUCAAAAUGGGCAGGCUCCAUUCGAUAUCAAUUUUUAUAUCUCAAGCAAAAACAUGACAUUCAACAACGCCACUCUUGCCCCAUUGGAUAUGGAACCAAUUCCUUGCUACAAAGCUGUGUCUAACACAACAGAAGCCUGCAGUUGUCAGGAUUGUCUUCAGUCCUGUGCUCCGACCCCACCACUAAAGCCUCCAGUAGGCCCCUGCGAGAUCCUACACAUAGACUGCUAUUACUUUAUCUUUGGAGUUAUCUAUGCUGUCUUCUUUGUAGUCUUUGGCUGCUAUGCUAUCUGCUAUAACAUAAUUGUGCAGGACUCUCUCAGGCUGGAGCAGCCUGGAGAAGAGCCGGACACUGGUUGCUGUGUCAAAAGAGGCUGGGCAGUGUCCAGAAAUCUACGCAAGAAGCAGUACCUUGAAAACAUAAGGAAAGAUCAACUUGGUUGCUGUGAAAACAUUGGUGCAAAAAUGGAGGCCUUUUUGGAACGUUCUUUUUACAGAUGGGGAUAUUUAUGCGCUCGACAUCCAUACAUAACUAGUAUUCUUGUUAUUGCCAUCUUUGGUGCCUUGACUGCAGGGGCUGUCUUCUUUACGGUCACCACUGACCCAGUUAAGUUGUGGUCAUCUCCAGACAGUCGUGCCCGGCUGGAAAAAAAUUACUUUGAUUCUCAUUUUGUUCCAUUCUACCGCACAGAACAACUUAUCAUCAGUAGACCAGACAAUGACUCAAUUGUAACUUGGAAAAAUAAAAACUACACAAACCUUUUUGAUUUGUCCUUUUUGCAUGAGAUUCUUGACCUUCAGCUGGCCAUCGCUAAAAUAUCAGCAGUGUAUGACAACAAGAAUGUCACCCUUCAGGACAUUUGCUUUGCACCGCUGAGUCCAGACAAUAAUAACUGCACCAUACAGUCCAUACUCAACUACUUCCAGAACUCACAUGGGAUGCUAGACUUGGUAGCCAUGGAUGCCUAUGGUUGGUUUGUGGAGGCCAACUAUCUGGACCAUUUUGAGUAUUGUGUUCAAUCACCUUAUUCAUUAAAUGACACAACCAAACUUCACACGCCUUGUCUUGGUACAUAUGGUGGACCAGUCUUCCCUUGGGUAGCUUUAGGGGGAUUUCAAGGCAAAGAAUAUCGAACAGCCAAUGCUCUGGUCAUAACGUUCCUGGUCAAUAAUCAUUUGGAAACAAACCAGAAUGACAAAGCUGAGGCAUGGGAGAAAGAGUUUGUGGCCUUCAUGAAGAACUACACGGCAGCACAUCCACACAUUCAUAUAGCCUUUUCUUCCGAGAGGUCAAUAGAAGAUGAGAUAGACAGGGAAAGUGAGAGUGACGUGAUGACCAUACUUCUCAGCUACCUCAUCAUGUUUGGCUACAUAACACUCACCCUGGGCCAGUAUCAGCCUCUUUCUCGGAUCUUGGUUGAUGCUAAAGUCAGUUUGGGCUUAGCUGGCGUCCUAAUUGUCCUACUCUCUGUGGGUGCAUCCCUUGGCUUCUACAGCUACAUCGGCAUUCCAUCCACACUGAUCAUUAUAGAGGUGGUUCCGUUCUUGGUCCUGGCUGUAGGCGUGGACAACAUUUUUAUCCUGGUGCAGACAUGUCAGAGAGAACCUUUAGUGGAAGGAGAGAGCGUUGAGAAGAAGAUUGGACGUGUGGUUGGUAAAGUCGGCCCCAGUAUGUUGUUGACAAGUCUUUCAGAGUCCUUGGCAUUUUUCCUUGGUGCCUUGACAGAAAUGCCUGCUGUGAAAAUUUUUUCCUUGUAUGCUGCCAUGGCAGUGUUGUUUGACUUCAUCCUUCAGAUCACCAUCUUUAUUGCUCUCUUGACACUCGACACUAAACGUUCGGAGGCCAAUAGAGUGGACGUUAGUUGCUGUGUCCAGCUGAAACUGAAGAAAAAGAAACCCCACAAUGGGAUACUGUACACAUUUGUUAGUGACUAUUAUUCUCAUUUUCUCAUGAAGGAGUGGGUCAGGCCAAUAGUUAUGCUGGUGUUUGUGGGAUGGUUCUGUGCCAGUGCUGCCUUUACGUCUAAAGUUGAAAUAGGAUUAGAUCAGUCUUUGUCUAUGCCAAAGGAUUCAUACGUACUGGACUACUUUCACAACUUGAGUGAGUACCUGUCAGUGGGUGCCCCUGUCUAUUUUGUGGUAGAAGAUGGACAGGAUUACUCCACCUACAGCGGCCAGAAUGACAUCUGUGGUAUCAGUGGCUGUCCGCAGGACUCUCUAGUCCAGCAAGUGAACCAUGCUGCGCUCAACCCAAGCUACACUUAUGUUGCCCAGCCUGUCUCCUCCUGGCUAGAUGAUUACUUUGCAUGGGUGGUCAGUGAUGCUUGUUGCAGGUAUCAUAAUGUGACUGGGGCUUUCUGCCCAUCUACAGAGACAGACCCCCACUGUGUUCCCUGUCAACUUGAUCAUAUGGAGAAAGGUCGACCUGUGGAUGGUACUUUUAAUAAGUAUUUAAGUUGGUUCCUUCAAGAUAAUCCAGGAGUCAAGUGUGGCAAAGGUGGACAUGCAGCUUAUGGCUCAGGUGUACAGCUGCACAGAGAUGGACACAAUGUAACAACUGUUGGAGCUUCUUACUUCAUGACCUAUCACAGUAUCCUGAAGACAUCCACAGAUUAUAUCAAUGCUCUGAAGGAUGCCAGAGAAAUAGCUGACAACAUCACCCAGACUCUCAGAGGACAUGGACAUCAGAGCAAAGUUUUCCCCUACAGUGUGUUUUAUGUGUUCUACGAACAGUACUUGACCAUUGUCAUGGACGCCAUCCUCAACAUGGUGUACUGCUUGGCUGCUAUCCUUUUCAUCACCUUCAUCUUGCUAGGAUUUGACCUUUACUCUUCCAUUGUGGUGGUGUUGACCAUCGUCAUGAUUUUGGUGGAUCUCAUGGGCAUGAUGCACCUGUGGGGCAUUGACCUGAAUGCCCUGUCUCUUGUCAACCUCAUAAUGGCCAUCGGUAUAUCUGUUGAGUUCUGCUCUCACAUCAUUAGAGCCUUUGCCAUCAGUGUUCUACCCACAAGGAAAGAGCGAGCCAAAGAGGCAUUGUCACACAUGGGCAGCUCAGUGCUGAGUGGUAUCACUCUGACAAAGCUGGGUGGCAUCAUUAUGCUGGGUUUUUCCAAGUCCCAGUUGUUCCAGGUUUUUUACUUCAGAAUGUACUUGGGUAUAGUUGUCUUUGGUGCUACACAUGGUCUCAUUUUCUUGCCUGUAUUCCUCAGUUAUCUGGGCCCCCCCGUUAAUAAAGCUAAAGUGUUCAACAGUAAAGAGCUGAAUGAAGACUCCACAGAUGAUGCCAAUGGAACCUACCGCCAUCAGAAUGGCCAAAGACAGAGUGACAACCCUCCUGAUUAUAACAGUAUCGGCAGAACACCAGUUGUGGCAACGACCUAUUUGGCGCAUUGAUUUUUGCUCUGACAUAUUGCAUUCUUGUGACCAGUUUUAUUGCAUACUAACUUAUGAACAGACUUAAUGAGAAGCAGCCAAUCAAGUGUUGCCUUACAUUACAAAAAAAAUACUUUAUGUGUUUUGAUUGGCUGAAUUUCUACUGGAGAUUAUAUUGACACCAGGAAGCAUUACUUCAUUGAGUAUUGUUUCAACUUCUGCGAGUCACUGAAAGGAUUAUAGAAAAUACAUUUUGGCUUUUCUUUAUUCUUCGUGAUCAAGUGUUGUCUGGAUCAUGGGAAGUGAGUUGCUGUUAUUACAGACUUUGUAAUUUUAUUUUUAUUUUUGUCUGGAUCAUGGGAAGUGAGUUGCUGUUAUUACAGACUUUGUAAUUUUAUUUUUAUUUUGACCGGUGUAAUAUGCCCCCUGAGGGGCAUUCAAAGUGAUGUUUGUCUGUAUCAAAAACAAAGCAAUGUAUAUAAUUAAGACUAAAAUUAAUUGUCUAUGUCUGUUGGCUACAAUUCACUGAAAAAUAUGAUCAAAAACUUAGUUCACACUUUUAUGCUCAAGAAUAAUUUUUUGAAUAUGUCAAUAAUAAUCAUACUAAAAUCGUAUAGAAUGGGAGCCAUGUUUUUAUCUUGAGACUUUUGUACACUGUAUUGAGUCUCAUUAUGUAAUUUUAUUUUUGACUGUGCAUUCAAGGUAUCACUUAGUAAAAAAAAAAAACAAGUAAUCAAAACAUUAUCCUGUUGAGAUGUAUUCCUUGUGUCAAGUGUUUCUGAUAUUGUGUACAGCCUGCUAUUGUGAUUACUGACCUUGGUGAUACAACAAAGUUUAAUUUUAGGAAGUUGUUUUUCAACUUUCAUUCAUUCUGUUUGUUUUAUGCUACGCAUUAAUGUUUAUCUUUUUUUUUUAAAAACAAAGUUAUGUCAUUUGUCCAACUAAUCAAUUGCUUUCUAAUUUUGUGAAUAAAAUUUUCCGUCAAUUAUUGGGCAAAUUUGUAACCUAUUCUGUUAGCAAAUACAACAUUGAAACACCUCUCUGCAGUUAAUUUGAAUGGGGACUAGGUUUGGCUGACAAGUGAUUAGAUAUUCUGAAAAGGAAACAGGCUUGUAAAAAUCCCUAUAGGCUGGUCACUUUAGCAGUUAUAGACAUGGCUGUCUAGUGGCCUAAUUUCAUGAAAAUAUGCCCAGCAAGUGAUGCAAGAAGUUCCAAUGACAUAUGGAAGUUCAUGUUUUAAGGAAAAGAUGACUUUUUGGGUGUGAUAUAUAUCAUUCUGAGUUCAUACAAGACACUAAUUAUAUAUUUAAAAAAAAAAACAGUAUUUCUGUUUACACAUUUUGCUUUGGUUUGAGAGGGGCCCACAAAUGACUGUUUUUACAUUAAAAAUUGAAUAUUACACAAAAUGCAGGGGCUCCAAAGAGGUCAAGCCCUCCUGACCCCCAAACGAUGGAAAAUUCUUAGCUACGCCCCUGAUCAAAGCUGUUUUUUUUUUCAAGCUUGGCCUACAUCGUAGUUGUGUUAACUUGUUUUGUUCUUUGCUUAUUAUGAUGAUUAAAUGAAUGCUAAAUGCAGUCAAAUAACAAAUCUUAGCUGUAGUGAAUCUCAAGAAGUCAAAUGCAAUCAUAAUUAUUUCAAUACAUUCGUACAGAUUGGUAUAGAUGAAAAAAAAAGUAUCUAAUGUAAUUUUUUAAUGAAAUAAUGUAGAUUACAAAUUUUGACAUUUUCAAAAUAGAUGGCAUUAUCUUAGAAAUUUUAUGCAAAAGUAGAAAAAAUGGAUACUUUUCUAUUAUUUUUUAUUUCAUUGCGAUUUUUUUACAGAAACUUUUUCCAAGAUCUAAAUUUUAAUUUCUUUUGCUUAAUUGUUCUAUUUUAGAUCAACAUUGCUUAGAAUCGGCCAAUAUUACAAGCAUCAUAACACAUUCCUAUAUGAACUCUUAUUGUACUACUGAACUCUGGGAGGAUGCACCUUGAAUUUAAUUAUUAUUCCACUGCUGUCAGUGUCCAAAAAUGAGUUUGAUUAUGUAAAUAAGACUAAAUUAAAUACUUAACUAAUUUUAUGUGUAAGACGCUAAUCUUAUUUCUAAGUGAAGCACAAUAUUUAACUUCCCUUUAGCUUAUAGCCUCCCUCUUCACAUAUAGUGUUUUAAAACUAUGUUUUGUCAUGAACAUUUCAUUCUUUAAUAAUCACUUAAAAAAUGGUAGAUGUAAAAUACAUUUUUUUUAUUAUAAAACUUCUUGUGGUGUAUUUAUUGUAUGUUUUUAUGGCUACUAUCUCCAUGUAAUUGACUCAGGUCCAUAUAAAAAAAAAAAAGUAAUUUUAGCCAAAAGUGUGAAAAAUAUCCUACUUUGGCAGCAUGACAGACUGCUUGAGAUUUUAAUGAGUCAUGAUUGGGGGAAGGGAAACUUGACUUUAAAAAAAAUGUAAAUUAAUUAAAUUUUUAAAAAUGUAUUUCUCUAUUUAAUUGUUAUGAUUGUAAAUCUUAUAAUUCCAUUUUUUUCCCCACUUUAUUUUAUGUUUUUGAUGAAAGAAAUAGAAAGUAAAAUAGCUAUAAUUACUUUGUGAUGCAUCAACUGUACAUUACUGGGACAUUUGGUGUGUAAAUAUCUCUGUUACAAUAAUUCAUUCAUCUGCAAGAGCUGCCAACUCUGUGAUAGGCAGACAACUGGCUUAUAAAUGCAAACUAGUUGUUUUAAAAGCCACCAUUAGUGUGUAUGUGUAUUGACAUUUCAUAUUUAUUACUUCAUGUAACAUGUUCAAGGGAAAUAAACAAAGGCUUCCCAGUGUGGUCACCCAACAUUAAACAAAAAAUUAGUUCAUUCUAAAGACUUGGUGGUUCUUAAGAGCAAGUGAUCAGUUCACUGCUUUUUAAUAGCUAUUCUCUUGAGCACAAUGAUUUUCAACUGCAAUUAGGUACUUAUUAUAGAGUUGGGUGAACUCUGUUAUAUAAAAUUCUCCUUUCCAAAAUCCCAGCAGAUUGCACCAGGAUUUGCACAUGUUCUUAUUUCAUAACAGUUGGGAACAUUUCACAUGUUCUAAUUACAUAACAGCACUGUGUUUCAAUGAUUUAAUACACCAUUUCAUAUCAGCCACUGGUUCUAUUGAAACUUUUGGCUCCAAAACUUGAGGCACUAGACAAAUGUUUGUGCAUUGAACAUUUUAGCACUAUAGAAGCUUUUUGAAGGGUGUGACAUGUUUCUGGUACCUCCACCCUUGACAUAUUGAAGUAGCCUUUGCUAAAUUGGCUAUAUUUUUAUAAAUGUCAUGAGGUCUAAGUACAAGCAUUUUGUACAUGAGAGAGAGGGAGAGAGCAUUGUGUACAUGAGAGAGAGGGAGAGAGCAUUGUGUACAUGAGAGAGAGAGAUCAGGUUCUAUGUAUGCUUGUGGAACUUAGUUUGCUUGUGUAUGCUUGUAGAACUUAGUAAGAUUGUGGUGAGUUUUGAAGUUAUCUCUAUUUCAAUCAAUGCAAACUUAAAGUAUUCUUUCUGUCCAAUGUUCAAGUGGUUGUUUAUGUAGCUGUAUGUUCAAUACAGGCACAGAUUUUUCCAGGUUCUUUUUUUAUUCAGUAUACACUUCAACUGUUGAUGAUGUGGUUACUACUGAAGCCAGUAUAUGUUUCAAUCUGUGGUGUGUUUGGAUAGACAAAGACAAAUAAAAUCCUAAAACAUU